AUGGGUGUCCAAGAAUUGAUUGAAAGAUGUCACACCCCAGGGUACAAGAAGCUAAAUGUUGGUGAAAAGCCCAUGGGUAUGCCUAGAAGGUGGAUAAUACUGAAGAAAAUGAACAGAAAACUUAAGGGUUUUAAAUUAACCAACACACGGAAACUCAAGUGGAGGAGUUUUUGGAUAGCAUUGAUGCCUAAGAGGACAUUGCGGAUAUGUUGUGCUAUAUUGAAUCGGCUGAAGGUGGAUGGUGCGUAUCCUGCCAUUGUUUACUCCAGUCAAUGGGGACUUCCUGUGCUUUCUCAUCCUACUUCAAAGUGCAGAAACCCUAUUAAUGUCUCGUUUUAUAAAAAACCUGGUAAUAUCAAUCAUGUUGUAUUUGCUUAA